AAAAAAAAAAAGAGAACACUGUUUGGAUUCCUUAUUGCAUAAUGGUAUUUGUCUCUACAAUUACGCUUUGAAAUGUAAUAGAAUGGGAAGUGCUAAUACUCAAAACAGAGCGUGAGUUCUUUUAGUUUAAUAAUUGUCUCCAUUGUUGUGUUGUCGCAGAUAUAUAUUUUCACGCAUUAAUAUGUUUGCUGUGAGCUAUGUUUGUGUUACAGCUCAGUCUUAUCUUUGUUCAACAGGGUUAAGCUCAAUUUAGCUUAACUUCAGCCACAACUCAAGACAUUAUCGCACAUUGAAGGUCAAACGUAUGAAAAGAAACAGAAAUAGAUGAAUAGAAAAAACCCAAUGAAGAAAGGAACUCUUAAUGUUUCCAUUAAAGAUGGGACAUCAAACAUGCUUAGUGUACUAUACAUAUUCCCAGUCUUUAAUUCAGUGAGAAACUUGUAAGAAGUGCAGAAUGCUAGAAUGGGUUGAUGACACCGAUGUUGUUCAGGCUGCAGCUUAUUUAUAUAAGAAAGACUUCAAAACGGUUUUAGCAAUUUUUCUUUAGCUUUUUAUUUGUUUGUUUGUUUUGUGAUAAACUUGUGUGUCUGCACAUUUUAAAUUGGAAACCACCCUUUUUUGCUCAUCUGACCUUACUAUGAGAUCUUUUGUGUGUGUGUGUGUGUCAUUGUGCAAAACGUGGGCAUGCAAAUACACAUAGACAUCCCCCAUCUCAAAUGGCAAAAUGUUUGACCUGACCCACCCUAAAGCUGUUUGCAUAGCAUGCAAAAUCCUGGGUUUUGGAAUCUGUCCAUCAUGCUGUUUACAGCCCAGCACUGGAUUUUCAGUUGGCCUGUCUUCCAUCCUUGUCUUUCAGGCAUCUGGUAUGCUUGCAGUUGUCGAGGGAUGGCACAUGAAUUCUCACCCAGCUGCUUUGUUUAGGGUUUUGUGGCUGAAAGGCUUUGUGCUCACACCAAGCUGCUGAUGAAGGCAUGGUGGAAACGCUUCUUUUUUGUUGUUGUUUGGAGAGCAAAAGAACCUCUGUUCUGUAUUCUGGGUGCUUUUCAAUACCACUUGAACUCAUUGGUCUAGUUCAUCUAAAGUAAUCUGUGCAUGACUACCUAAGAGGCAGCACAAGCACAAAGCUUCAAAGAAAUAGCAGGAAAAUCUCAAUUUCACCAAUUUUUUGGCAUGCCAACAAACACGCUAGCAUUUCUGCCUUGUGGCCUUCAUCAGAGCAUGAAACAAAACUGAAGGUUGUAACAUUUACAGUAAUCUGACAUUGUUUCUGAUCUCAUGUGACGACCUUCAUACAUUUUAAAACAGAGCAGAGUGAAUACAGCCGGGGUUAAAGUUUUCUAUACUAUGUCACAACCCGGCUCAUAGAAAGUGACAAUUAAGAGGGAGACCACACACAGGCUUUUAAAGGCUGUAAGACAUAUUUAAUGAAAAUAAGGUAAAGCAACUUAAAGACAAUUUAAAGGACAUAACAGCUAUAACUGAAACUUCCAAAUGAACAAGAUGGGUGCCAGACGGCGAGAGACAGAGCCAAAGCCAGCCUGCUGGUUCAGUCAAGGUGUCUUUAUAUACACUGGGACUGGUGUUGCAUCACUAAUUGGGUCAGCUCCACCUACCUGCAAGAAACGGGUAAAAGAAAAAGCAAAACACAAGGCCAGCCCACUGGCCGUCACAACUAUUACAUUUCAUUUAUAUACUUAUUCAGAGAAGAUCUGAGCUAAAAAUCAUUAUUCAAACCAGCAGGUGUCAUUGUGUUUAGUGAUGAGAUCCAACAUCUAUUUAUUUGAUAAAAUUCCCUGGCAGAAAUAGCAGAAAGAAUUACAUGUUCAAGUCCAGUGAACAGCAGGAGGAGCAGCAGGAGAGCCAUGAUUGGCUUCAUAGUUGUGUUUGGCAAAGACAGACUCUAUGUGCCCAGUUCUGUAACUCUUGUUUGAAUAUUCUACUUAACAUCUAAAUUGUUGUUACACUCACUGCAUUUUCCACAUCUGAAGUUUCCUUUCGUGUAUGUUUUGGUUUGAUAGGCUGAAAAGUGUGUUUACAAUUAUCUCUGAUUGUUCAAGCACUUCAAAAUCACAGUGAUUCCACUUAGUCAUCACUCAGAUUUUAAGAUGUGUCAGUAUUAGUAAUGUCUCUGAGUUUCUUGUGACAGCAGUUAAAUUAAGUGGAGAAAAUUAUUCUUUCCAGUUGAUAUUUUACGUGUAAGCAGUUCAGAUUUUAAAACAUUAUUGUAGGCAGUGCUGAUUAUUGAUCGAUGAUACGCUAUUUCAUUAAAUCUUGAUUUCAUCUGAUUGCCAUGCUUUAGAAUAUUGGGAGGUAGACUACAGGAAUCACUUUGGGAAAUAUUUGAAAAUUGAAAUUAAAACUGUUUCAUUUGGACUGCAAGCAUAAAGACUCUCAGUGUCAGUGUUGAUUUUGUAUGAUUUUUCAAGCAAUUUAGUCCAUCUUUGUCUCUUUAAAGAAAUGAGGUGUUGAUGCUACAAUAUCUUUUAGAAAAAACUUCAGUAGAGGUUCAGUAAUAGAUUUUAUACCAGAGACAAUAGUUCUCGAUUAGGAAUUGUACUGUUGCACUUUGGGUGUAUUGCACUAAGAGGAAUUCAAUCUCUUGUGUAGCUCGUGAGAGCUACGCUAGCAUGCAUGAAGAGACUUUUAAUUUAACUUUUGAUUUCAUUCACUGGAUUAUUUUUUAGCUCUUUAUAGCACUCUCUAUGCUCACUAUCCCACUGCUUCUUUUGAUACAAUGUAGCUUUUUUUUCUUUUACUAAUAUGAUGGAUUUGGGUCCUCCAUAGUUAGGGAUGAUACUGGCAUCUAGUGGUAGUGCAUAUGUAUUACCGUUAAGCGUGUGUCUAAUCCCACUAUUUUCAACAACCUAGCUUUGCUGCACUCUACUGGCAAUACUGAGGCAAUGCAGAGUGUUGUCUAGGAAUGCAUUUUACAUAAUAGGCAUAUUAAAAAUUGCUGAAACUAUGUCUUGUAAAAAAAUGUUUUACAAACUGCUUUAUAACAAGUAACUGUGGAGUAAUUUGUGAACCCAGAAGAGAUUACCAGCAUCAAAAACAUGGGAUUUUGAGAAAAAGAUAACUAGGUUAAACUCAGGAAACAGAUGGAAGAAAAUGGGUGGUCUAAUGACCAGAUACAUGGGAAAGUAGAUAGACACAAAAAAUGUGUUGGUUCUCCUGAACUGACCACAGAGGAUUAAGGCUGCAAGCGAUGAGCCUUCAUCAAACUGCGUAAAUCUCUGGCACACAUAUUACACCCAAUACACAUGUAUCUAAAAAAUGCAGUAUAUAUAACAACAGUGCUUCACAUCUGGGAUUCGGUUUCAACAAAGAACAGUAGAUGAAUUGGACUGGACAAAAUAAUCAAACAAUGAUCCUAAGAAAACAAGUACCAGUAUUUUUAUUUCUAUAGGGAAAGGAAUAAGCUUUGAUGGUUUUAGAACAUAAUAGAUGGUGGGCAGUUGUAAGGGAAACAAUUAAAAAGCUGUGGUGAAGAGAAUCAUCUUUAAAAGCACAGAUAUAACAAGAUAGUUUCUUAAACAUAUUCCUCAUACCAAAAAAAAAAAAGCUUUUCAAUUGUGCCACAAGACUGAAGCGAGACUCCAUCAAGAUUAAUAACACUGGCCCCAUCUUUGGUGCCAUCUGGUGGCUUUAGAGAACUUUAUUUAUAUAACUUCUACUUAAUCAGGGUUGAGAUCAAAGUCAAGAAUAUAAACAGACAAGCAGCAAAAUCACAGACACCGAUGAGCAGAAGGUAGAUGAUGGUGAAGACUUACAUUCAGAGACAGAUGCUGCAGGUGAGCAUCUGCACCACAUCAAUGCUCCCACCGCUUCAUGAGCAACACAGUUAUGAUUAUCAGUAUAAUCAGCAAUUUCAUAAAGCUAUAAUUAUUUUUAGUAGCACUAGUAGUAGUUGUUGUGGUAGUGUCUAUACUAAGUCAGAAGUUUACAUCAUACAGUUACACUCACUGGUUUUAUUUUACACCCCUGCAAUUUUACUUUCUAAAAUGUUUUCUCAUGCACUGUUAUGUGCCUCUCUUUUCACUUUUCUCUAUCCCAGCAUGUCUCCGUGUGUUUUAAUUUUUUUAAUUGCCUUUUUUUUUUUGUCUCACAGUGACUAGUUGUGUAAAAUAAAUAUUCAACUUCUAUUUCUUCUACUUGCAGCUCCAUGCUCUCGUAGCCUGUCAGCAUAGUUCUUUUCUUCUAAUCUGAACUGCUGGGGAUUAAACAGACAGCCAACUCUUCAUCCAUAAUUCUACCAUCCCCUCCCUCCCUCUCUCUCUAUCUCUCUCUCUUUCUGACUUAGAGACAUACACACACACACACACACACACACAAAGCUUUGCCAGACUAGUCAUUUGGAAACCAUAAGCACGAUGUUUGUUUGAGAGAGAGGGGUAGGUGGGUGGGAUGGAUUAGAUUAAGUUGGUCCAAAUUCAAGGGAUCACUUGUAGCAAAACGGGGUUACAGAUAAAGGGAAAAACAGAGCGCAUGCCCGUGUCUGUGUGUGAUAGAGAGCGACAGAGAGGGAUAGAAAGGGAGAGAGAAAAUGGUCGAGUCAUGCAAUCAGAGCCAGAGUCUGGCGCAGCGGGUUGUUUCAGCUCAGAUAUGACCCAACUCUCCCACCCCAACCCGUCAAUCUCCAUCACCCUGCCCCGAUUCCAUAAUAUCACCGUAAACAUUUCAAAUCUCAUCAUGGCAGCCGCCAACAACCCAUAGGAGUUUAGGACUGAAUGUGGCAUCAUAUACACACCACUGGACCAAUAGGAUCUGGGACCGAAGCACAUGCACUGAGAGGAGUCGCUUUUUGUAGUAGAGGUGCAAGUGGAAACAUUUGCCCUCCUCCUUCCUGGGCGAUAAAAGGCGUUGCCACCUAGGAUGCAUUGGAUCUAGUAUGGAUUUUGGAGUUUCAUGUGACGUUUGAACAGAGAAGGGUGAGAAAGAGGAAAAGGGGAGGAUAAACUUUGGAGAAGUGUGAGGACCAGCAAGGAGGGAAGGGAGGGGGGAAGACAGGGAGAAGAGGGCAGGGUGAUGGGAAACACCAACCAGACUUCUAAAAAGAACAGUAAAAAGAAGAAGGUAAUGUCACCCAUAGAACAAAGUGGUACCCCAUUGGCUGCUGCCAUGCUGGGGGGACUGGGUGAUGCAGGGGAGAUGGACACAGAGGAUGAGGAGGAAGGAGGGAACGAGCGUGAGUUUGAUGAACCCCUGUGCGCUCUGGUUAAGAACUGCAACAUGCUGCAUAACAUAGUGGGGCCUGCAUGUAUCUUCCUCAGACAGGGCUUCGCCCAAAGUCAGCUUGACAGAGAUCUACGACCAGAAGAGAUGGAAGAGUUGCGUGAGGCCUUCAGAGAAUUUGACAAAGAUAAGGACGGCUUCAUCAGCUGUAAGGACCUGGGCGAGUGCAUGAGGACUAUGGGAUACAUGCCAACAGAGAUGGAACUUAUCGAACUCAGCCAGCAAAUCUGUGGUGGCAGAGUGGAUUUUGAGGAUUUUGUGGAACUGAUGGGCCCCAAAAUGCUUGCAGAGACUGCAGACAUGAUUGGGGUUAAAGAGUUACGGGACGCCUUCAAAGAGUUUGACUCUGAUGGCGAUGGUCAGAUAAGCCUUGGAGAGCUGAGGGAAGCCAUGAAGAAGCUAAUGGGUGAGCAGCUCAACCACCGCGAGAUCGAUGAGAUCCUGCGAGAUGUUGACCUCAACGGGGAUGGACAGGUGGACUUUGAAGAGUUUGUGAGAAUGAUGUCUCGUUGAUUCUUCAGUAAACCUCACACUACUGCACUAAACACAACACUGGCAAGACUACAGACUGUUAAUGUUUUUCUCACAUGUACAAAGACAUCUUGGUGUUUUUUCAGUUACGUGCAAAACCUCUUAUAAAAAUCCCUUAAAUGUGUUACUGUUGUAUAAAUCUAAUAUGUAUCAUGUGUGUAAUGAGAGAUGAGAGUGAUAUUUCAGCAGGAAUAGACCAAACCUAUGGUGUCUUUAAAAGUUUAAAUUCAUAUGAAUUCGCAGAAGAAUUGCAUUUAAAAGCCUGAAAAAAUAAGAUCCUGUUUGCACUGACUAGAUACUGUGAAACUUCAAUUAUAAGAUGUAUUUUCUGUUUCUUUAUUGUUUUUGUAAUUUGGGUGAAUUGGUCACUAACUAUGCAGUUUAGUAUCUACAAGUUUGUUGAAACAUUAAUAUGAAUGUAAAAAUGUAUUUUCUGAAUUUCAAUAUUUUAAUGCCACUUAUAGAAUCUUCAUCUUAAACUUGAAUGCGUUAACUGUGAAAUAUCUAAUACACAUAGAAAACAUGAAUGCUUUGUUAUGAAUAACAAUAUUUAUUAUACAGAGUAGCAUCUGAAACAAUAUUUUUAAUAUCUUUUUGAUACCUGUUUCAGAACAAUUACUAGUGAUUUGUGUCUACCACACAGUGAAUAUCAGUUUCAUAUCCUUGCACCAUUUUUCCUCUUGGUGAAAUUUAACUGACAACCUGCCUCAUAGUACAUGGUUAUUUUAUGUAAGCAUACACAGUAUGCAUAUAUACCUCUUUGAUGUUUCAUUUGUACAGCAUUUAAUGACUCAGAAAACACAUUGUAAAUAACAAAAAUGAGUGAACAAUAUUGAAAAUAAAUACUUUUUUGUGGUCAGAUAGCUUAUGGCCAUAUACUAAG